GUCUAGAAGAGCGCAGAUGUCCUGUGGUCAUGCUGUAACUCCGACGUCUCUCACCAACUGGUGUCGCAGAUUAUUAGACGAGGGUAAAAGCAGAUUUGUGUGUGGCUGUUGUCGUCAAGAGUGGUCUUACGUGGAGGUUCGUAAAAUGGCCCUUCUGACCCCUGAAGAAAUGGAGUACUUUGAAAAGACCAUGGCUGUCAAUGCCAUCAGGGACAACUUUCAUGCCAAAUUAUGUCCUGGAUGCAAAUCUUCUGUGGCGAGAAAGGAUGAAUCUAAUCUGAGUGUCCGCUGCACAUUUUGCACUGCUAAUAAACAAAAGACCUAUGAAUUCUGCUGGCAGUGUUUAAAUGAAUGGAAAGGUCCAUUUCCACGAUCAGACCGCUGUGAAAAUGAUGGCUGCUGCAACAGUCUACUAGAAACACUAAGAACCUGUCCAGACAUCGUCUUUGACAGAGUGAUGGUCUCUGGCUGUCCCUCCAUCCGUGCCUGUCCCACCUGUGGUGCACUGGUGCAGCAUGACAAAACAAAAUGCAAAAACACAGUCUGUCUCCAGUGCAAGAAGGAGUUCUGCUUUGUUUGUCUGAAGCUAACUAAAGAGUGCAUGAUGGGAAACAGAGCGUAUUACGCACUCUGUUCUAGCGGUGUAGCACCUAGACAGACCUCUAUACCUGUAUGGCAGCAGAAAUAAUGUAAACAACACCAGACCAUAUGUGCUUUGGUUUCUGUUGAUAUCUGUCAUAGAGGCAUCUUUCUGGCAAAUAUAAUCAUCUUUGUGUUUUGUUGGUGAGAAAUUGGCAACUAAAUGUAAUCAUCAUAACUAGUCUCUGAAAUGUGAAGCAUUUAUCAAUUCAGAAAUUUUAAACUUAGCUGGAACAUACAUAUACAUAUCCUUUCAUAUCCACCACCACCUUUUGUUAUUUGUUAUCCUUUCUUUGUGUGUUGCUUCUUUAAUGUCAGCUAAUUGUAAUUUAGCCCUU